AUGAAGUUUUUUACCGAACCAGGACCAGUGAUGAGAGAGAUCACCGAGGAGGAAUACGAAAUAGGAGUCAUCAACUAUCGGGAACACGAACCAAUCAUCAUUACCGUGAAUGAUGUCCAUGGAAUUACACAUAUUCAGGACUUCAUCAAUUUCAAUCCUCCAGUCCCCGUGAUUGAGGUAUCAAACCCAGACAGAAUCGAGACGACGGGGAAAGAGCCUAGUAGUGGAUCUCAAGAAAUAGUAGAGAUGGUAGAGAAUAACCACACGCCUACCAAGGAAUUGAGCGACAGGGAAAAUCUACAGAUGGGAGAAGUCAAGAACCCUGCUAUCACCAAGGAAUCAAGUGAUAAGGAAAGCCUGGAAAUGAUAGCCAUAGAUAUGGAUGGAAAAGAAACACGCAUCACAUGGCGAGGUAUCAUUACACCAGAGUGA